AUGUCUGCCAACAAGAAAAUCAUCCUCACCGAGAAUGCUCCCAAGCCUCUUCCCGGCAUCUACAGUCAAGCCGUAGUCGCCAAUGGCACCGUCUACUGCUCAGGAAGCAUCGGCAUCGACACCUCCGGCAAACUCAUCGAAGGCACCAUUGGAGAUCGCACGCAUCAAGCCAUCAAGAAUCUCACAGCAGUUCUCGAAGCUGCUGGAACCAAUAUCAACAAUGUCGUCAAAGUAAACGUCUUUAUCGACGACAUGGCAAAUUUCGCUGCUAUGAACGAGGUCUACACCACCUACUGGGGCGAAAACAAACCCUGCAGGACAUGCGUGGCAGCCAAACAGCUUCCCUUGGGAACAGAUGUGGAGAUUGAAUGUAUUGCGGUGCUUCCGUAA